GUAUAGUCCUAUUGACUUUCCAUAGCUUCGCAGAUUCGUCUUGUUCGGCCAUGGCUAGUACUGCUAUAUGGUGGGUCGAGUUCAAGGUCAAAAUGUCUUGAAAUUGGGCGCUUAGACGCUCUCUUCAUACCUUCAUCAUGGCACCGGCCGCGACCACAAGCACUCAGGAUGGCGGGACACCGUCGAUGCUCAAUCUGACUUCGAACCUCAUGAUGAAGUUCAAGCCAGCCAAGAUCUUCAAAAACGCUGUGGAACCGACGCCGCCACCGUCUCCUGGACCUCAUUCCUCUCGGGCGCAAAAUAAUGGACCUAGACAUAUCACUGGAAUCAGUUUCGAUGAUCGAGGGGACCAGCUUAUAACAGCUUCGGAGGACGAGACAUUCAGACUUUACAGUUGUAAGAGCGGCAAGCAAUUGAAGGUUCUUUAUUCCAAGAAAUAUGGUGUAGACCUCCCAAGGUUCACCCACAAAAACACCACCAUCCUUCAUGCUUCUACGAAAGAGGAUGAUACUAUUCGAUAUCACUCGCUACACGACAACAAGUACUUGCAGUACUUCAAGGGUCACAAAGACAAAGUGAUAUCUAUGGAGGUGUCACCCGUUGACGAUGGGUUCAUGUCGGGUUCUAUGGACAAGACUGUGCGCCUGUGGGACUUGCGUAGUCCCUAUUGCCGCGGCCUACUCAAUCUACCGUCCUCUCCUGUGGUCGCUUAUGACGCAUCUGGACUGGUAUUUGCUGUGGCAGUCAACCACUAUUCUCGAAUAUUGCUCUAUGACCAAGCAAAUUUUGAUAAAGCACCUUUCCUAGCCAUCACGCUCGAAGACCCGACACUUGCUUUGAUUACGUAUCCACCUCGAAUCCCUUUCAUGACGUCCCUCGCAUUUUCCUCGAACGGCAAAUACCUUCUUGUUGGAUGUUCUGGCAAUGCUCAUUACAUCCUAGAUGCUUUUGAGGGUCAUUUGAUUGCCAAACUGGAAGGUCAUACCGGCCUGGAGCGCCGGAAAAUGAGCAAUCAGCCUCCGGGCAUCGAACCAGUUCGAGGGUGCAGUGGAGAGGAAGUGUCGUGGACGCCUGACAGCAAGUUUGUUCUCAGCGGGAGUCUGGACGGGAAGAUCUACAUCUGGGAUGUACAGAAUCUACCAGUACCGCAGGGUCCUGUGGAUUUGAAAGCCCCGCCGAUGCGCCUGAAGCCUAUGUCGGCUCUUGAAGGUCAUCCCGGGCCUUCGAGAUGUGUCAAGUUCAAUCCUCGGCUUGCUAUGAUGUGCUCAGCUGGUGCAGAACUCGCAUUCUGGCUACCUGACCAAUCUGGAGAACCUGAUGAGAUUGCUAAGGAGUUGCUGAAGAAGAAGGCUGCUGCAUCAGGUUGACCUCGGUAUCGCACACUGCCUCUGUACUUCAAUUAGAUAUUUUGUUUAUGUAUUUUGCUUUCCUUCGCUUUUCUGCAUUUGUUCAUACCGUUGCAUCUCUGUUUUAUCGAAAUAUCGACCCAUGUGAGGAUCGAA